AUGAGUCUUUUAUCAUGGAAUUGUAGAGGGCUUUGGAACCCAUCUACAAUUCGUGAACUUGGCCUCUUGGUCAAGCUGAAGUCCCCAAAAAUUUGUUUCUUAAUUGAAACAAAAAUCCUUUCAUCUAAAGUUGAUUUUUUCCGUAAUAAACUACAUUUUAAGCAUGGUCUGGCAGUGGACUCAGUAGGGAAGAGUGGUGGUUUAAUGCUUUUGUGGAAAGAAGAAAUAGAUAUUACAGUACAUUCUUAUUCACUAAGGCAUAUUCAUGUUACGAUUAAAGAAGGGAGUGAUUCUCUCCCUUGGAAUAUAACCUUCUUUUAUGGCCAUCCUGAUGUCUCUAAAAGGAAGUGCUCGUGGGACCUCUUGCGUUUUCUUUCAAAUACUAUCCACAAUCAGUGGCUCUGUGUGGGGGAUUUUAAUGCCAUAUCAAAUGGGGGGGAGAAGGUUGGUGGUAGUGAUAGAGGGGGUACUAUGAUGAAUGACUUUAAUGAUGCUUUAUCAGAUUCCAAUCUUGUCGACCUGGGCUUCAAAGGAAAUAAGUACACCUGGAGUAAUAGGAGAAAAAGUCCGGAAUCAUUUAUUAAAGAGAGGUUAGAUCGGUCAUUGGCUUCAUUGGGUUGGUUACAAAGAUGGGGUACCUAUCAUGUGGAGUAUUUAACAACUAUAUCUUCGGAUCACAGUUGUAUGUAUGUUUGCUGGGAUGAUAGAUCAUUAAGAAGAAGUGCUCUUACAAGAAGAUUCAGAUAUGAACCAAAUUUGGGUGCUAAAGAUGCUUGCCACCAACUUGUGAGACAGCAGUGGGUCCGGAGAAUUGAUAGGGGAGGUGCUCAGUCUGCCUUAUCGCAUUUGCAGUUGAAUUUAAAGUUUUGUGGUCCAAAAAUUCAAAAGUGGGUAGUGAAAGAGAGACAGAGACAUGCGUAUACAGAGAAAGAUUUGAAGUCCAAACUUGAUUCACUAAUUGCAAAGGAGAGUCAUGAAAAUCAAGAAGCUAUUUCGGCUAUGAGACAUCAGCUGCAAGAGCUAUGUGAACUAGAAGAAAAGGUGCUGUUAAAUCAAAGUAAACAACAUUGGUUAAAAGCUGGUGAUCAAAAUACUAGUUUUUUCCAUAAUAGUAUGAAGAGGAGGCAGAAUUUAAAGGGCAUUGACAAAAUCCUGGAUGUAGGUGGAUGUUUGAGAACUACUGAACCGGAAAUAGCUGAGGCUUUUCAUGCCUACUUUACUAGUCUUUUCUCAGCUGGAAGUAUUGUGGAGGAUUAUUCAUUUUUAGAUUCAAUAACAAGGCUAGUUGAUGCUGAUGUUAAUGAGUCUUUGUGUAGGAUGGUUACAAGAGACGAAAUUUGGAAUGCAGUUCGAAGUAUUAGUAGUCAAAAAGCUCCAGGCCCCGAUGGAUUUUCAGCGGGUUUUUAUCAUAGUCAUUGGGAUAAUGUGGGAGAUAGUGUUGUGGAUGCUGUGAUGGAUUUCUUUGAUACGAGUAUUAUGGAUUCUGAGAUAAAUAGUACUCUUAUUGCUUUGAUCCCAAAAACGAAAGAAGCUCUAAGCGUUACUGAGUAUCGCCCUAUCAGUUUAUGUAAUGUCUCGUACAAGAUCAUUUCCAAAAUCUUGUCUAAUAGAUUGAGUCUCAUUCUCCCCAAUAUUAUUCGAGGUAACCAAUCUGCUUUCAUUAGAGAUAGGUUGAUUACGGAUAAUGUGAUAGUGGUGUAUGAAGCACUGCACUCUAUGAGCCUGAUGGCCAGGAGCAGAACCAGAUACAUGGCUAUUAAGCUUGACAUGAGCAAAGCUUACGACAGGGUUGAAUGGAAUUUUGUAAAAGAAAUUAUGUCUCGGUUGGGUUUCUCAGACAAAUGGCAGGGCUACUACAAAUUUGAUUAUCCCAACAAGAGAGGUCGGUUGCGGAUUUCACACCUAUUUUUUGCUGAUGACAAUCUCCUCUUUUGUCGGGUUAAAAAAGAGGAUUGGAUGUGUGUCUACGAUAUUCUGACGGAGUAUGGUAGAGUCUCGGGCCAAAUGAUUAAUUAUAGCAAGACUAGUAUCUACUUUAGCAGAUAUACUUCAUCUCAGCAAAAAAGCCAGAUGAUUUCUUUGAUUGGAGCUGUGGAAGCAAAGAUUUAUGAUCACUAUUUGGGAUUACCGGCUAUUGUUGGUAGAUCACGGAAGAAGGCUUUUAUGUUUAUUUUAGACAGAAUAAGGAAGAAGGCGAUUCGUACUUAUGCGAUGCAAUUGUUUAAAUUUCCAGGAGGCCUUUGUACUGAAGUGGAUCAAAUUCUACGUAAGGUGUGGUGGGGAGUGAAUGAUAAGAAUAAUUAUAUGGCCUGGUUACCUUGGGCUAAACUAUGUGAAUCAAAGAAGAAUGGAGGAAUGGGUUUCCGAAAUACCGAGGCUUUUAAUGAUGCAUUAUUAGCAAAGCAGUGUUGGAGAAUCAUUGUUCAUCCAACUUCUCUAUCCAGCCGUGUUUUGAAGGCAAAGUACUUCCCAAGUUCCGGAUUUUUAGAGGUUUCGAAAAAGAGAAAUGCCUCUUUUCUAUGGUCCAACUUCCUGAGUGCACGAUAUUUGUUGUUGGAUGGAUUGAAGUGGCGGAUAGGCAAUGGGAGGACGGUGAAGAUAUGGGGUAAUCCAUGGUUGCCGAAAGCAAUCUUUUAUGAUGAGCAAUUAGUGGAUAAAGGGGUUCAAAAGUCUAUCUUAGUUGAAUUUUUAAUAGACUGGACCACUGGGUGGUGGGAUGCUAGUUUAAUUAAAGAAAUAUUUGAUGUUGAUACAGCUAGAAUGAUAAUGUCCCUGCCACUUGGUUCUCCACAUGUGCAAGACUCGAUAUUUUGGAAUGGAACUGAGCAUGGGAAUUAUACUGUGAGAAGUGGAUAUUUUCAUGCACUUGAUAUAAGAAGAAGGGAGUCUGCCUGCUGUUCAGAGCCAUUGGCUAAUCCUCUAGAUUCGGUAUGGACUCAUAUAUGGUUGCUUGUGGUGCCUCCAUCUACAAGGGUCUUCUUAUGGCGUGCAGUUCAUGAUAUUCUGCCCAAUUUUUCACAAUUGCAUAGGAGACAUAUAUGUGAUAGUUCGGUAUGUCCUCUUUGUAAAAGUGCUGAAGAAUCAGUUAUGCAUUCUUUGUGGGAAUGCCCGGCAGCAAAAGAUGUGUUUUCUAUGAGCCUCAAGAAGUUGCAAAUGAUGGAUUCUAUUUUUCAAGGCUCUUUCGUCCAAUUAUGGAUUGCUUCCUCAGCUGUUCUUUCCUCACAUGAGGUAGCUACUCUAGCUAUUACAAUGAGGUUGAUUUGGCUUAGACGGAAUAAGUUUGUCCAUGAGGGGACUCUUACACAUCCUACACAAAUAGCUCUACAAGGUAUGAAUUUAGCAAAUGAUUUUAAAUCUGCUCAAGUAGAUGGAGUUAAUGUUCAGCGAGAUUCAGUUUCAAGUAAUCUCCAGCAGGUUUGGAAAGGACCACAAAUAAACCUCAUUAAAGCCAAUUGGGAUGCAGCAAUCCAAUCUCAAAAUGAUCGUACGGGUAUGGGUGUCGUAUUUCGUGAUGCUAGUGGGGAGGUCAUGGCAAGUAGUUCUUUGUUGAGAAUGACUGCACUUCAUCCUUCUUUAGCUGAGGCCUUAGCAGCCCUUCAUGCUGUGAAGUUAGCACUGGAGUUGGGUUUCACAGAGCUGAUUUUUGAAGGAGAUGCUGCAGUGGUUGUGGAAGCCAUUAAUGGAAGUGAUGUCCAUCGUGCUAUUUGGAGUCUGGUUAUCAUGGAGAUAAAGAGAUUAUUGCGCUUCUUGUCGAGUUGGAAAUUUGUCCAUAUACGACCCACGGCCAAUGAAGCCGCCCAUUCCAUGGCUAAGCAUGCCUUUCUCAUUCAGGGCAUGCGGGUUUGGAUUGAGGAGAUAAAAACUGUUUUGUUUUGUCCAUCAUUUUAUGAGGUUGAUUGUAUUCCACCUAUAUGGUGGCCCGAAGGGCCCGGUGCUGGUGGUAUGAUUUUCAAGCCAGUCUCUGACAGGCGAAGUCGUCGAUUGCUUUCUUUGGACUACAUUGUUACCAUGGUCACACUCGAAAGUGUGACAAGACCCAAUGUGAUGUUUUGGGCUAAUUUAUAUUGGGUUCAAUUACCCAUGUCCAAACACAAGGUGUGA